AUGGCGGCCGCUGUCUUGAACCAGCUUAGAUCUAUCUUUACCGAUGAUUCUACCGAUAAAGUGGUGAUCAAUGAAUCUGCUGACAAGUACGAAGCUGCUGUGGCCUACCCCUGGUCACAGACCUGCUGGACUCCUGCGGCCGCAUAUGUCUACCUGGGUAAUGUUCAGGAGCUAACUAAGGCUCUGGCUAUCGUACAAGAAACUGGUACUAAGUUUGCUAUCCGCACUACCGGCCAUAACCCAAAUGCAGGAUUCAGCAGUGCUGGUGAAGCCGCUGUGGUGCUAGAUAUCAGGCAGUUUAGGUCUAAAGAACUACUUUCUGAUCAUGGAACUGCACGAUUCGGGUCGGGAAAUACCUGGGGCGAGGUAUAUCAUUGGCUGGAGGAGCGAGGGCUGUCAGCCAUUGGGGGGAGGGACUCUCAGGUAGGACUGGGAGGCUUUCUCUUAGGAGGAGGUUUGGGGGCUCUGCCCAAUCUUUACGGACUCGGCGCUGAUGGAGUGAAGAACUUCGAGGUCUUACUCGCAGAUGGCAACCUCAUCAAUGCUAAUCAAAAUGAAAACUCCGAUCUCUACCGCGCUCUGAAGGGUGGCGGCUCUAACUUUGGUAUCGUCACACGGUUUGAUCUCGAAACUCAUCCGUUGAUAAAUGUCCAAUAUACCAUCAACCUCUACAAUCCUGAGGAUCAUGUGGCAAUCAACAAGGCUACAUUCGAAGUUCAACAGACUAUGGAGGAAGAUCCUAAGAUUGGGCUGUUCACCAAUUUCAACAAUGGCUUUGUUGCAGUAGGCCUACUCUAUGGAGACCAUCCAGCUGAGUCUGAAGCCCAGAAAACCUUUAGGCCGUUCCACGACCUCAAAAGCCUGAUGACAACAGUCCUGCCCUCUACAAACGGCACCCUUCUGUCUCUAGCUCAAGCUAUGGGCCAUGCCCAGACCCCUCUCAAACGAUCCAUUUGUACAAUUACCACCCGGAACUCACCUGAACUAUACGAAGAAGUGUAUAAGACCUGGGUUGAGCCAAUUGGUACAGCUGCUGUCCAAGCUGGUAAAGACCGUGGUGAGAAUAUCAUGGGUCAUGAGAGGUGGGUUUUCACCUGUGAAUGGCCUAAAGACGGUGAUGAUGCUGCUGCACAAGGUGCCGUGAACGCCAUGUCUGUAAAGGUGCAGUGUCUGGCCAAGGAAAGAGGACUCCUUCUGGAUUAUAAGUGUAUGACCUUUGCUACCGCUUUACAAAAGGUUUUGGGCAGCUAUGGGGCAGAGAAUAUUAAGCGGAUGCAUGAUGUGGCGGCCAAGUAUGACCCUGAAGGCGUUUUUCAGAAGCUACAGAAUGACGGCUUUCUUCUACGCAACAAUGUCUAG